AUGGCUCGAGUCAUCCAGACAAUCUGGACGGAUGUCCUGAAGUCUGCUUCACCAUCCAAGAUCGAACUGGCCGGUACAUUCGGUAUCCAAAUAAUCGCUUUCUGGUUGCCAUCCCUCCUGUCACUCGGUGUCGACCAUUGGUUGUCCUCCUUCUCUUUACGGCACAAAAUCCAGUCGCGACCAACGCCAACUCAUGUUCAGAUCUGGCAUUGCAUUGAUGUGGUCAUUCUCAAUCAGUUGUUGAUGGCGGCAGCAAAAGUACUUGAGCUAGGAGCUCUACAUCUCAUGGGUCAUACAUCUCUGUACCGCUUCGACCCUGACAUUCCGAGUGCAUCUGAAGUUUUGCGCGACCUCGUCAUCUGCGUUCUGGGCUGCGAGAUCAUCUUCUACUACUCUCAUCGACUCUUGCACGUCAAAAAAUUCUAUCAGCGCAUACAUAAUCAGCACCAUCAAUUCAAAGCCCCAAUCGCUCUGGCUGCACAAUAUGCACAUCCGCUGGAGUACCUUGUCUCAACCAUCUUUCCAUUUUGGCUACCUCCACAGAUUUUGGGUUGCCAUAUUCUUACAUGCUUCUUGUUCUGGACAGCAGCUACACUAGAGACGGUGAUUGCGCAUAGUGGGUACGACUUCUUCACGGUCUUCGCAAGAAAACAUGACUUGCAUCACGAAAAGUCGAGGGUCAACUUUGGCACUCUAGGCUUUCUAGACUGGCUCCAUGGUACUGGCGCAUAG